CUGAGAAAAGUAACACGUGUCACCUGUCAUCGGCACCUUGAACAACAAUUUCUAAAUGAAUACUGACACUGAAAAACGCGAAUAGACAUUAAACGGACGUUACGCAGUUAAGAGUUAAAACGGGAGAAUUCAUAUUAAAACAUUAAAACGUACUAAUUAGAGAUAACAUCCGGGUCACCAAGCCAGCACAAACAUGGCAGGCAAAGCAGGGAAGCAGAGUCGCCCCAGAAAGGCGGAGAAGGAUGAAGAGCAGCAGCCGCUGCUGCAGGCCGUUCUCGUCGCAGACAGCUUCAACCGCAGGUUCUUCCCCAUCAGCAAAGACCAGCCUCGGGCUCUUCUACCUCUGGCUAAUGUCUCCAUGAUUGACUACACAUUAGAGUUCCUGACCUCUACUGGAGUGCAAGAGACGUUUGUCUUCUGCUGCUGGAUGUCCAGCAAAAUAAAGGAACACUUACAAAAGUCCAAAUGGUGUCGCCCCACAUCUCCAAAUGUGGUGCACGUCAUCACCUCUGACCUGUACCGCUCUCUCGGGGAUGUGUUGAGGGACGUGGACGCCAAAGCUCUCGUCCGCUCGGACUUUCUGCUGGUGUAUGGGGACGUGGUGUCCAACAUCGAUGUUUCCCAGGCUUUACAGGAACACAAACAGCGACGCAAAAUGGAGAAGAAUAUCUCAGUGAUGACCAUGAUCUUCAAAGAGUCUCCGCCUGGUCACAAGACUCGCUGUGAAGACGAUGACAUUAUAGUAGCUAUGGACAGCAAGAGCAAGCGCAUUCUUCAUUACCAGAGAGCACAGGCCUUAAAGAGACUUCACUUCCCUAUGAAUAUUUUCCAUAGUGGAAGUGAUGAGUUUGAAAUUAGGUUUGAUCUUUUGGAUUGUCACAUUAGCAUCUGUUCUCCACAGGUUGCUGAGCUUUUCACAGACAACUUUGACUACCAGACAAGAAAUGACUUUGUCCGUGGGCUUCUAGUCAAUGAAGAGGUUGUGGUGGGUCCAGAUAUUACUCUUCAGGAAGGCACAGUUCUGUCCAUGCACCAUCCAGAUGAAGAGGAUGAUGAAGAUGAGGAUGAGUUCUUGAGCGAUGACGAUGUUGGCCACAGUAAAGACAAAACCAAACAGAAAGUGUUUAACCCAGCAGAGGUUGGUUCAGAGGGUAAAGGAUACAGAUGGAAGACCAGCAGUCUUGAUGACACAGAGGAAGAUGAGCUUGCUGAAUGCAUUUGGGGCCUAGCGUUAAAUCCCGACCCAGAGAGUGACAGUGAAAGUGAGGUCAGUGAGGGAUCACAUGACCUGGGAAGCCACCCUGCAUCACCUGAACUGGAUGAUGUCAAAGUGUUUCAGAAUGAGGUUCAUGGUACGUUACAGAGAGGGCUGGAUGAGAACAUAAGCUGUGACAAUCUGGUGCUUGAGAUCAACUCACUCAAGUACGCCUACAACAUUUCUCUGAAGGAGGUUAUGCAGAUCUUGAUUCGAGUUGUGCUCGAGUUUCCUUUCCACCAGCAGGGGGCUCAGAAAAGCACAGCUCAGUAUUCAUCGCACCUGCUGCCUGAGGAAGGCAUCAUGAGCUGGUUCAGACAGAGCUCCACCACAGACAAGAGCCAACAGCUCCGCAGGAAUCAAGGGCUCUUGAAGUUCAUCCAAUGGCUAGAGGAGGCUGAGGAGUCUUCAGAAGGAGACGAAUGAACAU